AUGCUCCACGAAAUCCUACUCUCCCUUUCGGGACAUCCCUCCCCGCUCCUACGAACCGAUGCAACUCAGCCGCAUGCCCUCUCCGGCGUAGCACCAGCCGAGCGCCAACUACUCGCCACAGCCGCCCACCUCAGCGACGUCCACAUCAAACUGAUCAGCUACACGGCCCAAGUAGCCAGCUCGCACCCAUCAACCAUCUGCCGAGCCGUCGCAACAGCCAUAGACUCCAUCCAUCUAGCAGCCUUCCAGCGCAAAGUUCUCGAUGUCGAGGCGAGCAUAUUACAAGAUGACCCGGAUCUGGUGGGAGCUUAUAAUAUUGUGCCGUUGACGGCGGUGAUAGGCGAGUUUAAGGACUGGACUAGGAGGAUGGAGUGGCUUUGGGAGAUGGUGCAGUUUAUGCUGGCGAAGAAUAAGAAGGGGGAGACAUGCCAUGGCGCUCAGCUCAUGGAUCGCCUACGAGUUGAGCUGCAGAGCGGGUAUAGGGAUGUUCAAGAGACGGCUAUGAGCCUUGUUACGGUGGCAGAAACAGCAUGGCUGAAACAGGUUUCUGCUUGGAUAUUAUACGGGAGACUUCCGAGCUUUGGAGGUGACGAUUUCUUCGUCCAGAAGGUCGAAGAGUCCGAAGAGGCAGGUCUUGAGUAUAUAUCACGGUCCAGUCUGUUACCAGCAUUCGUAACACCAGCUACAGCUUCAUCCAUGCUCUUCAUUGGAAAAUCUCUAAAUCACAUUCGAGUCAAGAGCAGCGUUGACUCAGGCCUUCGUGGCCUAGAUCACCUAUCAUCGAAGCUCCAAGAAUUAUCCAGCCUCUCCUUUCCACUGAAAAGCACCAGCUUUUCAAGAGCCAUCAUUGCGGUCCGGAUAUCUCUAUCCGAAAACACGCUUCAGAAACUCCUCCCGCUAGCCAAGGUGACGGAAAUGCUACAAUUAUUGCGAGAUUUCUUCCUCCUCGGUCGUGGUGAGUUUGCAAUGCAGUUGACCCACGAGGCAGACGAAAAAAUACGCAGUCGUUGGAGGCGAGCAGACAAUUUGGCCUACGAAAAGGGUGACGGUCUGAAGAAUGUGACGGUCAAAGAGGGUGAAGUUGCCGCGGUUCUCGCAAGGACGUGGGCUGUUCUAGCAUCUAUGCAGGGCCAACAUGCAGAGGAAGAUGAACAACUUGAGCUUGCUCGAGACCUUUUACGGCUAAAUCUCACCAAGAGUAAGGCGACUCCGAAUUUUGGCUCAGGUUCGGGUCUCAGCCGUGAUGCUGCAAGCCUCUUAUCCGAGUCGCCUUUUCGCAACCUCCUUUUCUCUGUCCCGUCUUUGCUGUCCAUCCAGAUUCCUCCACCACUGGAUAUGGUACUGUCACCAUCAGACAUACAGAUAUACUCUUGCAUCAACGCCUAUCUACUAUCAAUGCGCAGAGCGCACAUUCGACUUACGGAUCUCUGGAAGAUUACGUCCUUAAGACGUCAAUAUCCAACCGCAAAAGGUGACCGAGAACAUAUUAUCCUUCUCCGAAAGCGAUGGACGUCUCGGUCGUCUUCAAUGCGUAGCUCUUGGACAACUGCAAGUGCUGCUAUAUUCUUUCUAGCGGAAACAGAAGCAUAUCUCCAGACUGAGAUUGUUGCUGGGCUAUGGGAGGGCUUCCAUGAGUGGCUGACAGCCAAUGAUCCCAAGCAUGGGCAGUCUAGAGCACCAACACCAACCAAAUUACAAGGUGAAUCAGGGGGUGCUGAUGAUGGUGAGGGAGAGGAAGAGGAUGAUGACUUAUGGCUAGGCAAUGAAAAUGACAAGCCUACAGCUCAAGAUGAUACCCCCAAAGCACGAGAUUCAACGCCUCCCCAGGAUCCUCAAACUCUUUCAACAGCUCAUCGCCUAUAUCUUCGUACUCUCAUCCAUCGGCUGCUUCUCACCCAGCCAACAUUCACCCAACCUCUAUAUAACCUCCUCAUCCACAUUGAUCACCUCGUCGCCCAUCUACAUCGUCUUCACGCUAUCUAUACAUCAAUAGACCUCGAGACAGAUGCCGGCGUAGUCGAUGCCUUUGUCGACCUCGAGUCUGAGGAGCGUGACGUUAAGCGCCGUCUUCACGACAUCGAGUCCCGUGUCCGCUCUGGCAUCGAAGAUGUCGUCGCCGCCCUUCGCGCUCUCGAGUCUGACCCCAUCUUCACAGCCGAAUGGGAGGGCGACACAGCUCCCGCCACUGCAACUGAGGAAGACGAAGAUGAUCAGCGAGACGGCAGAGCCCGGGACACAGACGAUGCAGAGGAACGAGGUGGCUUCACAGCUGCACGGGUUGGUGGUAUCAAUCGUCUGCUCAUGAAGCUCGACUUUGGCACAUGGUUCGGCAGACCAGACGGCCACGGUGAUGUCGAGCAACUGUAA